AGAGGGAGGGGCAAUAACCGUAAUUAGGAAAGAAAACAAGGGGUGGUUUGAAGAGAAACCUAUCUAUAUGACACGAAAAGGUUUCUUAAAUUCAGAGAGACAAAUUAAUCAGUUUCUUGUGUUUCAGAAGAAGAAGAAGAACAGAUCGAGACGAAGAAGAUCUCCAAAGAGAUUUAUCAUCUCAAAAAUCGUUCGAGUUGAGAAGGUUAAUUAAAAUUAAAUAACAAAAAGAUGGGUUACUGGAAUUCGAAGGUUGUUCCAAAGUUCAAGAAGAUAUUCGAGAAAAAUAGUACCAAGAAAGCUGCUGCUGCUGAAGCUUGCAAGACCUUUGAUGAGUCUAAGGAAGCAAUCAACAAGGAGAUUGAGGAGAAAAAGACAGAACUCCAACCAAAGGUCGUGGAAACCUAUGAGGCCACGUCUGCUGAAGUCAAGGCUUUGGUGAGAGACCCUAAGGAGGCUGGUUUGAAGAAAAACUCAGCGGCUGUGCAGAAGUAUCUCGAGGCGCUUGUCAAUAUUGAAUUCCCCGGAUCAACGGCUGUGAAAGACGCUUCAUCUAGCUUUGGAGCUGGCUAUGUCGCAGGACCAAUAACAUUCAUAUUCGAGAAGGUAUGUGUGUUCCUUCCUGAGGAGGUAAAGACACGAGAAGUACCGGUGGAGACAGCCAAAACCGAAGAACCAGCCAAAACGGAAGAGCCAGCCAAAACCGAAGAACCAGCCAAAACCGAAGAAACAAGUGGUGAGAAAGAGAAGGAGAUUGUUGAAAAGCCCAAGAAAGAAGAGACCGUUACAACCGCGGUCGUGGAGGAAAAGAAACCGGAGGUAGAGAAGGAGGAGGAGAAGAAGCCUGUGGAAGAAGUGAAAAAGGAAGAAGAAGCUGCUCCGGCUCCGGCUCCGGCGGUUGUUGAAACUCCGGUGAAGGAACCGGAAACAACGACGCCGGCUCCGGUGGCAGAGGCACCAAAGCCUUGAUUUGUUCCAAGAUGGUAUGAUUGCUUCUCUUGUUGUAUGAAAACAUCUCUGUACGUAACAAAAAUGAAAGGAAGAAACUGAAAGGAACAUAAAAAAACCUUAUUUUUCAUUCUUUUUAUUUUAUUUGGUUUGUCUUUGUGUGGAAAAAUCUCUGUUUUUUUUUAAGUCUUUUAUAUGUUUUUUUAAAUUUUAUUCAUGUGAAUUUGUAACAAAUGUUUGUGGAUGUUUUUUUUGUCUAUACAUUAUUUGUAUGUUUCAACUUUCAACCAAACUCAUAGGAUUCAAAUCA